AUGGUCGCUCACUCCCUCGUUCGUCGGGGCGUGGAGAUGGCCUCGGACCAUUUCUCCAAGAGCCCCGACCAGCCGGAUAUCCAGGUCUCGCCGUGGCUGUUGGCCUUGUGUGCUUUGACUUCGCUGGCCUUCGUGCUGGUGAUGUGGUCGGUCGAAUACUCCUAUGGAUCCGUCGUUGCGACUCUCGCUGCCGUCGAAGAUACCAACCCUGACCUCUACGUCCGUCUCGAUGCCGACUACGACCCGUCCAAGCCCGACAACGUUGACCCCAUUGCAAGGGAUGUCGAUGGUGCCCCCAAGCCUAUCACCAGCAAGCUGCGUACAACCAUCUCCCACCUCCGCGCCCGCGCCGGUCGCUGGUCCCGAUUCCGCGGUUUCGCCAUGUACUUGGCAUACGGUAUCGCGCGGGGGUUCCUGUUCAUGAUCCUGCCGGUUGGGUCGGACCAGCUUUUUGGACAGUUUGCUAUCCAGAUGGUUCUUGCCGUGCUGCUGGCCAACAUGCAGAUGGCGUGGGUGCACAUUGUCGUCUCGAAGCCUUCGAACAAGCGGUUUUACCAGCGCAUCCCCGGGUUCAAGAGCUGGGUGCAGAUCGCGCCCGUUGCUGCGUUUGAGAAUAUCGUGGUGGGCCUUGCGUUCUUCCUGCCGCUGUUGAUGGCUAAAGCUUUUGGCGGCUGGAAUUCAGCUAUGGAGGAUGCGUCCUCGACCGCGCCGCCUACCAAGGCUUUCUGCAAGAUGUGGGCGAUUACCAUGAUCCCGUCCAUCCUGUCGUACCUGGUCUCAAUCCCCGCCCAGGCCGUCUUCGUCCGCGUCGCGGCGUCGAUGCUUCCUGAGGAAGACGAAGCUAUUGUGCCGUUUGACCGCUCGUUCGGCGGCAAGGUUGUCCCUGCUAUCCUUGGUGGUAGUGGACGGUUGAGCAUCAUGGAUGCUUGGAGGACGUUUGACCGACCAGCGCGGGUUCGGUAUCUGAAGGUUAUUGGCAAGGUGCUUUUGAUGGAGGGUGCUUUAUUGGUUACGUUUACUUUGGCGCUGUUGGCGCAGUUUUCGCUGAUGGGGAAUAUGGCCACCACACCAGCAGGGCGCAUGCUCUCGCGCCAACUGCAGCAGAUGCAGUCCAGCAAAGAUAUCCCGGGGAUAAGCUGUGGUCUGGUGGAUAAUAACGUGUUUGAGUGGGAGGUUAUGUUGAUGAUCUCGGAUGAUGUGCAGUGGUAUGGUGGGGGCUUCUUCCGUGCACUCCUCUCCUUCCCCCAUGAAUACCCACACAUGCCCCCGAAGAUGAAAUUCGAGUCGCCUCUUUUCCACCCUAACAUCUAUCCAACCGGCGAAGUCUGCAUCUCCAUCCUACACCCCCCCGAAGAAGACAAAUACGGCUACGAGUCUGCCGCCGAGCGCUGGUCCCCCGUGCAAACGCCCGAAACCAUCCUGUUGUCUGUGAUUUCGAUGCUGUCGUCUCCAAACGACGAGAGUCCGGCGAAUGUGGAGGCCGCGCGGUUGUGGAGGGAGGAUCCGAAAGAGUUUAAGAGGAGGGUUAGGAGGUGUGUUAGGGAGAGUUUGGGGGAGGAAUAG